UCUACCCCCACCACUGGGGGUUGACUUCAGCGUGGUGUUUUCAUCAAAAAAACGAAAAUUCUACUGUAGAACUACGUCAUACACUCCCACUCUUGAAGAUAUUCACUAAGAAGGGACCUAUGACGGUGGGACUAAGUUCUUGGGCCUUUAACGACGAGUCUGAUUGGUAGAGAUGCAUACAGUCACGCGCACGCAUAAACACAAAACAGGUUCUACGGUAAUGAAAGAGUGGGUGAGCUGCUUCUGCUUUGGUUCAUCUCGUAUCUCGUCUUUAGCCACAGUGCGUUGAGUGUAGGCAAAACGUGAAGACUCCGUUGAACCUGUCAUUAAAUUUUUCGUGUUGUUUUUUAUUUUUUCUUUUAAUUUAAUAUAUUUUCAAAGUUCGGGUCAAGUGUUUUAGUUAUUAGUCAUGGAUAAAUUAUCGGCGAGUGUAAAUAUAAACUCUAGUUUUAAGAAUAAGUGCUGUUCAAAUAAUAAUGACAUUAAUAAUUAUACAAAUGAACUGUGGAACGAUACUUAUACGGAAAUAUGUGGACUAAUUGAACGCGAUAACCCAAAAAAUCCGCAGCAGAGUAAUCAAUUGCAUGUUGACACGAAGCCAAAAUUGACAGAGCUGUCAGUGGCAAAGUCGAUAUCACCUGCACAAGUGUCACCCGGAGAAAUACAAAAAUAUAUUCUACCAGAUACACCAGUGUCAUCGCCAUCACCGUCACCAGUAUAUCAAUCUGCACCACGAGCACCAGUUACAGUUGGACCAGAAGCGGAGCAAAAUAUACAAUACCACAUGGCACAGGUAUCAUCAGCUCCAUCUACAAUAGUGUCAUCAGGACAAUAUCAAAACAAUUUGGUUUCUGGAGCACGAGUACCAACGGAUCCACACAGAUAUCGAAUGGCGUAUAUGAAGUAUGGUGCACCAAGUCCUAGACUUCAGUAUCAUCUUGGACAGAUGCAUCCAGCCAGCUAUCCAUAUGCAUGUGGUACUCGUACUAAUCAUACCAUGGCAAGCGGGCCAAUGCAUUCACUUGACUAUAGAUAUUCUCAUUACAUGCCUGCAGAAAAUAAUCAUAAAAAACCAAGACGUGAAAGAACAACAUAUACUCGUGCUCAGCUGGAAGUUUUGCAGGCAUUGUUUGACAAGGAAAAAUACCCAAGCAUAGGUCAUCGAGAAGAGUGUGCUAGAAGAAUUGGUCUUGAAGAAGCUCGAGUUCAGGUUUGGUUCAAAAAUCGUCGUGCAAAAUGUAAGCAACAAGCUGCACAACAAGGAUCACAAGAACAAAAAUCAAAUUCAACAACAAAUCAUUGUAAAUCAUCAAAUGAUAGUGAAACAAGUGAGCCAGUGUCACCAAUGUAUACAAAUAAUAUAUGUCCAAUGCCAAUAGGAAGUGUUGGUAGUAGUGCAAGUAGUACAACUAUUCCAACACCAUCACCACCAAAUCCAGAAGAACCAACACCAUCAUCAACAUUAUAUCAACAUGGUGUAAAUCAGCCACAAGUUGAUUAUAGUCAUUCUUGGAGUGUUCCAACAGUUACACCUCAAAGUUCAGUACCUGAUAAUAAUAGUCAAUAUACUGGUCAUUACAAUAGUUAUCAAUAUCCAUAUCCUGGUUAUUAUCAACCGUACAAUUAUAACUAUAAUUAA